AGCAUCUAAGCCUCACUCCCAAUUAAAGGGUAGGGUGCCCAUCAUCCAUUACUUGUGGCCAUUCUCACUAUCAUUUCAGAUAUACUUAAACCAUAGGCUAGCAGCCAUGAGAGUAUUUUCAAAAUCGAAGAUGUCGCUAAUCUCCCAGGGAACCGGUGAGUGUGUUGACGAAUGCAGAAACAGAGCCUCGCUGGACACCGAGACCAGGCAACUCGUGAAAUCUUUCCUAGGAGACUUUACUGAACAUUUGAAACCUAGGUGGAACGAAAGCAAAGCUCUGUCAACAAUGAAACAAGUUGUCACCAAAUCAUUGGACAAACACAGAUACUCAUACAAUGGUAUGCUCUACAGACUGUCCUUGGGUGACAGCCCAGGGGAUUACGUGAGAUUCGUGAGUGUAAUCGCCAACAGGCUCUUCGCAGAUGGGACCACAAACUGGGGCCGCGUUGUCAGCCUGCUCGCGUUCGGGACUGUGGUGUGCCGGUACCUCAAGGAUAAGGGCAAAGACAACUGUGUGGAAGCGGUGGGACAGGAGAUCUCCAUGUACCUACUGACAGACCAGAGAGACUGGCUGGUAAAAAACAACUCCUGGGACGGAUUCGUGGAGUUCUUUCGGGUAGCAGAGGAGUCUACAUUGAGAAACGUACUCCUAACAUUUGCUGGCUUCGGGGCAGCGCUGGCCAUGUUGAAAAUGUAUGUGGUCACUGGAAAGAAUUUGUACAUGUAG